AUGGCAGACAGCUAUGGACACAGAGAGUGGUGGAAGAUGGGGAACGCACCGUAUGAGGCGACUCUGGGCUCUCUUGAUUCUCACAAACACAAACACACAUACCUGCAGUCGUGGAAGAUGGGGAACACACCGUCUGAGGCGACUAUGGGCUCUCGACUGAGGUGCUCUAAGUGCAGGAAACAGCUAUGUGGCUGCGUGAACCAUGACGACUACUUCAAGAUCCACAUUUACGGCCGCUAUGUAUACAAGUACAAUGGGGGAGACUACUACCGGCCUGUGGGUGCGGACAUGGCGUAUGAGUGUGCACCCUGCUUCCAUGGAGCACCGAAGGAAGAAUUGAGAUGCACAGAAGAGGCCAGGCAAGAGGCCAGGGGAAAAGCAGAAGAGGAACUCAGACAAGCAGAAGACGCACAGAGACAAGCAGAAGAGGAACGCAGAGAAGCAGAAGAGGAACGCAGACAAGCAGAAGAGGCACAGAGACAAGCAGAAGAGGAACGCAGACAAGCAGAACAGGCACGUAGACAAGCAGAGGAGGCCAGAAGAUGUACAGAAGUGGCCAGGCAAGAGGCCAGGGGAAAAGCAGAAGAGGCACAGAGACAAGCAGCAGACGAACGCAGACAAGCAGAAGAGGAACGCAGACAAGCAGAACAGGCACGUAGACAAGCAGAAGAGGCACAGAGACAAGCAGAAAAGGCCCGUAAAGAAGCAGAAGAGGCCAGGAGAUGUACAGAGGAGGCCAGGAGGGAGGUGAUGAACCAGGGCUGGAAGAGGGCAGUCUGGAAUGCUGCUUCAUCAUUCAUUUUCUCCAAGUGCUCUUUUAUUUUAUCAUUGUUGCUCAUACUCUCUGGUGUGUGCUGGAAUUACGAGAAAUGGACGCAGAUCAAGAUGGACCUUCCCAUUCUUGACCUCGACUGUGGUGGCCAUGCAUGA